CGCUACCCUACACAACAACCAAAAUGCCCUUUCCCUGGAAGAAAUACCCGGUGCCUAUCGCCCGCCCACUCGCUCCUUUCAUCGCCGCCUCAUUCGUCAUCCUCUACGGCGUCAAUUCCCUCCAGAACGCCAUGGUGAACUCCGAGGAAUUCAGAAAUGACCCACGAAACCCUAACAGGCGCGUCAGUGCUGCAGAGAAGCAUUAAACAUUGAGAUGAUGAUAAAAAGUAUGCCUGCGACCGAGAUAUAGACCGCGGCAAUCAUGGGGUUGAAUGGGAAAGCUCGGCCGGAGACCUUUGUACAUUGAUUAUAGAAUACUUCUAUUGAAAGCUCUACGCCCCGUUUCCGAUUGC